GUGCUCUCACUCUCACACACUCCUAUAACGCGCUGAAGAUCUUUUCUCAAGAUGAAUGCUGGGCUGUGUGUGUGUGUCGUGCUGGCAGUCCUGUGUGCGAGCUGUUUGGGGCUCCCCUUCUCCUCCCAGCCAUUAGACGAGGGCCAGCGCCCCAUCUCUGCUCUCUCUGAAGCUCUCCUUGAGGCUGACACCCACACCUUGGGAGAUCUCCACCUCCGACACAGGCGCUCUGCCCCCCAGCUGAAAGCUCUUCCUCUGGCUGAGGAGGAUGCAGACUCCCGGGCCAAUCUCAGUGAGCUGCUCGCUAGACUCAUCUCCUCCAGGAAAGGUUCUGUGCGCAGAAACUCCACGGCAAACAGCAAAGGCGUCGGACCGAGUGCCAACCACCGGAUAGCAGACAGGGACUACUUAGGCUGGAUGGAUUUCGGCCGCCGCAGUGCAGAGGAGUAUGAGUACUCCUCAUAAGGGGAAGUCAUGGCUCACACCACCACCACCAUAUGGGCACAAGAUAAAAAGAAGAAAAAAAAAACCCUGCGCAAGCUGUCUCACAAUAAGAGUCUAUUUAUGAUGUAUUUGUUGUACAUUUGUUUGUAAAACUGUAAUAAUGCAAUAUACAUACAGUAUGCCAAAUUUUGCAGAAAAGCUCUCACUGUCCAACUUUGUUCGUUUUUUGGAUUUCUCUGGUUUCUUUAUCUUUCAAAGUGGAAAGGAGUCGGAUGGUGUCAGGGCUUGUGGAAAGUAACCAAAUAAAGUUUUAAACUAUC